AUGGGUCUUCCACACGAGGAUCCACAUCAACACUUUCUGAACUUCUUGGAGAUUAGUAAUACUUAUAUCACUAACAGAGUCCCUCUAGACUAUGUGAGGCUCACACUGUUCCCAUUCUCUCUGUUGGGCAGAGCAAAGCGGUGGUUGAAGGCGGAAUCAACUAAUUCUAUUACAUCAUGGAAUGAUCUGGCUAGAAAUUUUUUAGCGCGGUUCUUCCCUUCGGGCAAAACUGCAAAGAUAAGAAGUGAGAUAGUAGCCUCUAAACAGAAAUCAGGGGAGUCAUUAUAUUCGGCUUGGGAGAGGUUCAAGGGGCUGCUCAGAGAUUGUCCUCAUCACAACCAGACAAAUGAAAUAUUGGCUCAUACCUUCAUAGAAGGGCUAGAGAGAAAAAUUAUGGUAGACGCUGCAGCGGUAGGUCAAGUGUUAGAGAAAAGAUUUGAUGAAAUUUAUGCAUUAUUGAACAAAUUCUCCAAAACAAGCUCAACCAGUGCAGUAGUUCAGAUAUUUUAUGAAGUCUGUGGAGAAGGUCGCAUUAGCAAUCUAUGCCCAGUAAAUCCAGAGUCUGUAUAUUUUGUGGGUAAUGCAAAUCGAGGCCAAGCAAAUCAGUAUGGGGACACUUAUAACCCUAACUGGAGGAACCACCCAAACUUUUCUUGGGGUGAAAAUCAAGGUGCUCAGAAACAGUACAUGCCACAAGCUCCUCAACAGCAAUAUAGACCACUGCAAGCUGAACAACCUACGAACUCGACGAGUCACAUUGAGGAGAUGCUAAAGAAAUUGAUGGCUGACAAGUUGGCCCAAGCAGCAGCCCACUCAGCAGCUAUUCAGAAUUUAAAGCGACAAAUGGGGCAACUUGCUAGUACUCAAAAUAAUCGGCCAGCUGGGGCUCUUCCUAUUGAUACUAAGCCUAAUCCUAAGGCUCAAGUCAAUGCGCUUACAUUGAGAAAUUGA